AAUUAUCCAUUUCGUCAUCAGGUAUUGCGGUAAGUGAAUAUCGUACUAAAAACCGCACUUUGCUUUGUGUAUGUCCACAACAAAGGAACAAGAAAUUAUGGCAUCACAGCAAGAAAGGUCUGAGCUCGACCGUAGGGCAAAAGAAGGAGAAACUGUAGUUCCAGGUGGCACAGGUGGGAAAAGUCUUGAAGCUCAGGAACACCUUGCUGAGGGGAGGAGCCGUGGAGGGCAGACGAGAAAGGAGCAGUUGGGAACGGAAGGCUACCAGGAAAUGGGACGCAAGGGAGGUUUGAGCACCGGCGAAGAGACCGGUGGGGAGCGUGCGCAGCGAGAAGGAGUAGAGAUAGACGAAUCAAAGUACAAGACCAAGAGCUAAACUAGUUGAACACAAUAGUCUUUUAAUCCUUUGGUCCUCUUCCCUGUGUUAAUAAAAGGGUCUUUUUCUUUCUCAUGUGUCUAGUUCCUAGGAUGUACUAUUGUGUUUCAGCUUUCUAGUUUAUAUUAUCUUAAGCUAGGUACUAUCGUUAUGGGGACCAUGUAGUCUGGACAGGCCCUAUAUAUGUUGUCUCUUUUGGUUUCAUAUGUUGUGUAGUUCGUCUAACUUGAAUGUCUAGUUGUCUUUUUAGUCUA